AUGGACAAGGUUCAAAGCUUUUUCACUUUUCUAUUUUUGUUUCUAAUGGAGUGCUCACUUCAUUUAUGUUUGCCUUAUGCAGAUGGGUGCCAUCCAGUUGGGAAAUUAACAGUCUUACCAGGCAAUAAACAGUCACAAACACCCAGAAAAGUCACCAACCAGGCCAAAGUACUCUUUAGUGAAACUCGAUUAUUUGGGAUUCAAGGGACCUCCUCAAGACUCGCAGCUGGAUUACCUAACAACCCCAAGGAAUUCCUGAGGAACGAAGCCAUAAUUCCACAUAGACCUGCUCUUGUUCAAGUAAUGUUAAUUGCAAGUAUAGCCUUCAGCAUUGCCCUGCUAUGUGGGAUUGUGAUCGCCUAUAUGAUAUAUCGACUGGUCCAGGCUGAGGAAAGACAGCAACUUGAGUUACUUUAUAGAAACAUCAGGAUAUCGUCACUAGGAGAUGAGGAGGGCGGCUCCGGGGACGAGGGCCAGGAUGAGUCCACGUACCUGCUCCCAGAGAAUGAGAAGGAAUUGGAAAAGUUCAUUCACUCAGGCAAGAACCACACCCUGCCCUUCUGA